AUGCAUCUACCUACGCUUUCCGUAUUACUUGCCGCAAGUGCUUCCGUUGUUAGCGCUCAGGCAACCGUACCAGGCCUUGGAUGCGUUUGCAUGGCACCAACCGGUUCAGGGAGAGAUCAAUCCAUAGCCGACCGAACCACUCGUUGCUGCCGUGAUAAUGCAGGAACUAUGAUUAAUACGGUUAACUUCUGGAACCGUGGCAACUUCUACUGCCGUGUCCCGAACUCUGUUACUCCGGCCGAUUGGGAUCAGAACUGCUGCCGCAAGUGGUAUGGAAGUGGGACUUACGGAUAUUGCAAUCAGUCAACUUGA